GGACUGGACUGGCUGCAGGAGCCUGGCACAAGGUUUAAAAAUGACUCUCAACAAUGUUACCAUGCGUCGCACCCACAACAGCAGCCUGCACCAGCAGCAGCAGCGAUGGAGCAUCCCCGCUGAUGGAAAGAAUCUGCUGGUCCAGAAAGAUUCCAAUGAGUACAACCCACAGAAACGAUACACCAUCAGUCCUGAUGAAUAUUACAGAAGGAGCUGGUCCUCGGAGUCAUCCGACUCCGUCAUCUCCUCCGAGUCUGGCAGCAGCUGCUACCGCGUGGUGCUGAUCGGGGAGCACGGCGUGGGCAAGUCCUCGCUGGCCAACAUCUUUGCAGGGGUGCACGACAGCAUUGACAGCGACUGUGAGGUGCUGGGAGAAGACACGUAUGAAAGAACUCUGAUGGUGGACGGGGAAAGUGCGACUGUUAUACUGCUCGAUAUGUGGGAUAAUAAGCGUGAGGGAGAAUGGAUUCGAGACCACUGCAUGCAAGUGGGAGACGCCUACUUGAUCGUCUACUCCAUCACAGACCGGGCGAGCUUUGAGAAGGCCUCUGAGCUCAGAAUACAGCUCCGCAGGGCACGCCAGAAAGAAGACAUCCCCAUUAUUCUGGUUGGCAACAAAAGUGACCUUGUCAGGUGCCGUGAAGUUUCAGUGGCAGAGGGGCGAGCCUGUGCCGUGGUGUUUGACUGCAAAUUCAUUGAGACGUCGGCAGCUGUGCAGCACAACGUGAAGGAGCUGUUCGAGGGCAUCGUGCGGCAGGUCCGGCUCCGGAGGGACAGCAAGGAGAAGAACGAGAAGAGACUGGCGCUGCAGAAACGGAGAGAGAGCAUCCCCAAGAAAGCCAGGCGGUUCUGGGGCAAGAUAGUUGCCAAGAACAACAAGAACAUGGCCUUCAAACUCAAGUCCAAGUCUUGCCAUGACCUAUCAGUACUUUAAGAAUACUGGACUCUGACAGAGCUUGUGGCAUUUUGUGGACAUUAUCUAACUUUGUCAUAGGACAAUCAAUCAAUCUAUAUUAGAUUGGGCUAUCAGUGACUUAGGUUCACAUUGUGAUUGUGAUGUGCUGGCAUAAGAACAGCACAGUGCAUGGAAGUAUCUCUUCCUUUUUUUUUUUUUUUUUUUUCUUUGUCAGUAGUUUUAAAAGUAUAGACCAGAAUGACCCAAAAUUAUGCUGGGAGCUGUUCUGGAAUACACCUGUUCUUUCUCCUCUCACCUUUGAAUAAUAGUGUAAGAACCUCAAACUCAAUAACUUGGGAAGUGAAUACUACUGUCUUUACUCUUUCUCCUUCUUAUUAACAUUUCUUUUUUAAAACUGUGUAAAGAAUUGAGGAACUGACUGGAGAUUUGUCCCUUGUCAGUUGGCUGGUCAGACUUGAGCACCCACAGCUGAAAAAAAAAAAGCAUUUUUGUAGAAUAACCACAAAGACACCUGUUCGGUAUUUUUUCUUUAUUUUGAGGAUUAGUUUCAGUGAAUUUACACGUCUCUUACUUUAAAUAUUUUCAAAGGAAAAAUCCUAUAGUCAAACAAAUUUUCCUCUCAUGUUUUCAUACUAUGGGUCUGUUUAAAAAUCAUAGUAAAAUUAAAGUGCAAGUUGUAUCAAAGUGCAUCAAGUGCAGGAUGCCAAACCUUUAAAAAUCACCUGAGCUUUUUUUAUGCCACUUCAUGGACUUCUUGUAUCCAUCCUUGGCCUUUCUCUAUGCCAGAGCUAUGCUGUAUUUAUUGUUGUGCAAAAUAACAAGCAUUUUAAUGUCAAGGGAAAAUGUAUUUAUUACCAAUUUUCUUAAGAUAAUAAUGUUAAUUUUAUUACCAUUUUCUAUUCAAUAUCUUUUUUCAGAUAUGCAAGUUUUUACAUGCCUUGUAAUAAAAUAAAUAAAAUGUAUGACUGCCUUUGAGUCUCAGUAGAAAAUCCCUAAGAUUGUUUUCGAGUAGAGAAAGGAUUGUGCACACUGGGCAGAUUUGCUGCUAGGGAAGGGCAGUGGGGAUUCCUUACACCUCUGAACACAGACUCCAUGCAACCUAACAUCUCAAGGCAGGAAGCACCAGGAGCCUCAAAGAUGAGUGCACAAUAUCCCUCAUAUAAAAAUGGGGCUGUGGUGACAGAGUUAAAAAUUAAUCACUCCUAGCGAAGGUGUUUGGCCUUUAGCUGUAAAGACUUUAGAAAUGUAGAUGAGUGCUGUUACCCCAGUUUUGGAGAUGAAGAGAAGUGAAAUGAAACAUUGAGGGACAGAAAGCAGGUAGCUGGCAUGCUGUGCCCUAAUCCUCACUUGCUCUUGGGCAUAUUUGUGCUACUUUCCUCUUGCCAUGCUGGUCAGAGUGAUGACUGUACAGUAAUGACUCUACAUUUUUGACCACGUGACUCAGAAAAACCAAAUCUCCAGCCUGGCAGCUCAUCUUCCCAGAUAAUGAAGGCAAAAACAUGUAACACUAAUAAGGUGAAACUUGGACUCCCCAUUUUGGGCUGCACAGUUUUAAUAUACCAAAUGCUCUGGACAGGAAUGAGCAUGCUGAAUGUAUGCCCACAAUUUCCUCUGCUGAGGAGAUGAUUUCUAGAAGUUCUCUAGGGGUAAAACAUCCCAUUGCAGAAUGGCACAAUGCUUGUGAGGUAUUAAUAUCUCCCUGGAAAGAAAUUUCUGAUCUAGAAUAAAGUGUUGACAAGAACAGAAAAAAGAAACCUUUUGAAAUGAGCACAGAAAAGAUGUUGCUGGAUUUUGGAUGAAUGCUUUCGAGCUGUCAGUAUGCAACUUAAGGUUAACCCAGAGCAGUCUAGAGAAUUUGGUUUUCAGAACUUUUAAACUCUCUGAACCUGCCCCCGUUCAAAAAUGAAAACAAAAUUGCACAAAUUAA